AGCACUGCACUGAGGUUACUGCUCGGAGAUGACGGACAUGGCAGAGAGAGAAUUGAGAAGUGAGAGUUCUGAAGAAAUUGUUGAAAUGCAACCACUUCUCCCGCCACCCUCUUUCCACAGAUUUAUCAUCCAAUCAUCGGAGCAACCUGCACCUAUAUCAUCCUCUACUUUUGUUCAUUUCUAUAGCCUUUUUAUGGAAGAUAAGGUGAUGGUUGAUAUUAAGAACCUGAUACAAGAUAGCAGAGAGGGUCGCUUGCUACCAACAUGUUGUAUCUAUAGGGUGCCCCUUACAAUCCGUCAUCUAAAUGAAGAGGCUUACACCCCAAAAGUUAUUUCAAUUGGCCCCUUUCAUUAUGGUGAUCCAAGGCUGCAAGAUAUGGAAGAGCACAAACAAAUUUUGUUCAAAGCAUUUAUGCAAAGAGCCAAGACAAGCUUGGAUGACUUGGUUGGAUUUGUAAAACGUUUCAGCGCCAAAAGUUCGUACAUCUUACUCUGAGAACAUCAAACUUAGUGAGGAGGAGCUUGUGAAAAUGAUAUUAGUGGACGCUGGUUUCAUCAUUGAGCUCUUCAUGAGGUGGAGUAAGUUUCCUAAUGAAGUUGAUAACGAUGCUAGACUGUCACAAUCAUGGUUAUUAGGUACCAUCGAUCUGGAUUUGCUUUUACUUGAGAAUCAACUUCCUUUCUUUGUUAUUAAAGAGCUAUUUGGCAAGGCCUUUCUCUCUGACCGUCGUGGUAACCUCCCUUCAUUUCUUUAUCUCUCUUACGAGUACUUUGAAAGUUUUAACAGCCAAAAGUUGGAGCCCAAUGCUAAUGUUAGCAUAAAGCAU